AAAUCAUUUGCAAUCCUUCUUAAACCCUAGCCCCUUCUCAAAUUAGGGUUUUGCGUCAACUCCUGCACAAAUUCGAUCACUCAAUGGCUCUAAUUGAACCCCAAAACUUGAAAUUUUUCACAAACAAUGAACACAAAUCAGCAAUUAAUCAGUCAAUUCAGAGCCUCUUGGACUCACUCCAAAACCCUAGCCCUAAAUUAUCCGAAUUUACCUCGAAAUUUCUCGAAUUAAUGCAAGCUAAACCCGACCCACAUCUCGAAACCAUCUGGGUUUUAUCCGGUUUAACUUUUCAUACCAACAAUUCUCAAAAAGAUGAUAUCUUGGAUCAAGUAUUAGCUGUGAAAGAUCUUUUUCAUUCGAUAACCACCUUUUCAGCUUCGAGUAGUCCUUCGGUUUGUAUCGCAUUAAUCGCACCUGUUAUUUAUGAACUGUAUGCAGUAGUUAUUGAUUUGAAGAGGAAAGAAGUGGAUAAGAAGCAAGGAAAGAAAGCUAGGAGAGAAAUUAGGGCUUUUCUUGAUGUAAUUUUAGGGUUUUUUAAUGUAUGUUGUGAAGGGUCAGAUAGCGAUGAGGUUUUCGGGUUGAUCGGACCGUUGAAUGAUUUGGUUUCAAUUUGGGUUCACAGUGAUGGGAGUGAGAAUGGGUCAAAGCAGUUUUUCCCACUUUUGAGUGAUGAGGUUAUACAUUGGGUUAGUGAGGAAAGUGGUGAAAAUCUUGGGGUGCUGGCUGGAGCUGUGAUUGUGGAGGCGUUUUUGUUGAAAUUGUGUUUGAUGUUUAGUGACGGGAGUUCGAAACAGGAGCUGCGGAAUGAGUUGAGGACUUGGGCUGUUUGUUCCAUAACCGGUUUUCAUAAUUUCUAUGUAUUCGAUACACUCGUGAAGAUGCUGCUGGAACCGAAUUUGCCUGUGAUGUCUCUACUGAGUCCUGAAGAUGAAUCUUUGUUGAGGAAAGUGUUAUAUGAUGUUGUUAUAUUACCCGACUUUUCAUUCCUCCACUUGGACAAAGUAGGCCAUAUCCCAAACGACUACAUAAAGAAUAACAUUUUGGCUAGACUUAUGGUGACCCACGAAGCCAUCGAGUUAUUGAGGAAAAGCAAAGAUUUUACAGAGGCCAUUUGUUACACAAAUGCAUUCGCGGGUUCUUAUUUACCCACACUUAUCACUAAACUGGUGACAAGUGAGCUUGGCGCUAACGGAAAUGCAAGUCAACCUAAAGGAUCAUCACCUACGGCAUUUCUAAAGUGGAUGCUUGACCUCGAGGAUCAAGGUCUGAAUUUGAGUGAUGGGUUCAUUUCAAAACACCGUGCAAGAUUAGUUCGUUACGGGUCAAGUAUGGAUCUUGACUCACAGUCCUACAAGCUAAAUGCAGGGAAAACAGAAGAUGAUCUAGAGUUCUUUAUCGAUAAUAAAGGUAAAGAUGAAGAUGAAAAGAUUGAUGAUGAUUCCACGAAUGAUGCUUUUGUUGCUGCUGCCCGAUCUAUGCAGUCUGGUACAAAAGAAAGUGGAAAGAAACGAAAAGAAACACGUGUUGGAAAGAAGAAAGAUGGAGUCAAGUUUCAAAGGUACAACCUUGUCGACCAUUUGGGGUCAAAAUCGGGUAAAAAUAGCGGUUUGUUGGAGAAAGAUGAUUCCCGCAGUGAAAGUGAAGUGGAAGAUCCCGACUCUGAUGAAGAUGUUGAGUAAAGGAAGAUGAUUGAACUUUGAAUGAAUGUUGAGAGUGUUUAAUCUGUCCCUUUUUGAUCAAUGUAUGUUCAUGUUAAUGUGAGCUACAUUUGUAGGUUUAUUGUGUACAAUUCUUAUAUGGAAGUUUGAUAGGUAUAAUUGUAAUUUAGACGCUGAACUCUAUAACAGUUUUUCUAAGUUCAGUUUUGGAUGUUUUUUUAACGGCAA